CAUCAAUACGUGAGACGUGCAAAUAACUGAUAAGAUUGUCUGUUUACUUAUAAAUAGGUUUUAAAAUUCAAUAACAAAUAUAUCAGUCGGUAGUCAAUAUUGUAUAUUUGUACGAUUCACAUCAGAAAUAUCGAUUAUUAUAUUAAAAAAACAAUUAAUUUAAAUUAUUCAACAUGUCUGCGUCUCCCAAAGUGUGGUCUAAAUUCUCAGCGAAGAGGAAAGAUGGCAGUGUGCUAAAAUUACGUAUAAUGGAUAUGCCCAGAGUUCCCAGUGUACAAGAAAAAGUUUUAGACUUACUUAUGACAUAUUUCGUAACAGAGGAACACACUAUUCUUGCAGCAGGAGUAGCAGAUAGCGAAGAAGCUAUGCAAGAAAUGACUGCAAUGCAAAAUUAUAUGUUGACUAUGGAGUCAAUGCAUAUUGUCAUCUGCUGCUCAGACACUGAAGACGAUCAGAUUGGUGAUAUUAUGGGAUGUUCAAUGAUGAUGUUUACAAAAAAAGGAGACCCAAAACUAGAGGUGGAAUUUAGAACGAAAGAACUGAAGAAACUUAUGGAAAUAGUCACAAAUGGUUUCGGGGAAAGUUACGAUGAAAUGAAAGUGUUUGAUUUAGAUCUCUGCUUAUACGCUAGGGGGAUCAGUGUACACCCCAAAUACAGAGGCCUUGGGAUCGCGCAAGAAUUUCUUAGAACCAGGCGACUUAUUUGCAAGGAGUAUGGUAUACCCAUUACCGGAGCCUGGAUGACGGCAAUCGGAACACAGAAGGCGGCAGAGCGUGACGGCUGGGAAACUGUCUGCGAGCUCCAACAUGCAGACUUGGAGAAGAAGUUCAACGUGAAAUACGCAAAAGAUCCACCUUCUACUAAAUUUAUGAUCGCCAGAAUAGAACUGUGAAAAGUUUGCUUUGCUACCACAAACUGUACCUAAUUCGUUACAUAAGUGAAUAAUAAUUUAUUACAUAAUAUAAAAUUGA